AUGACACCUUUAAUCAAGCUACUUCUUUCAACAAGUCUUUUCCUAGCGGGAUUAGAUUUCGCUUAUGCAGCCUGUGAGCCGGAGAUAUCCUAUCCUGUGCCCAAUUAUGGGAAGGAUACUCUGAGAGAGCCCUUGCGUGAAAUUACCAAGAAUCUCGACAGCCUCAUCAAUGCCGGAGAGUUUGCGCAAACGUCCUUUUCGUUGGAGAUUUCGUCGUCAAGAAAAACUCUCUAUACAAAGUACCACACCGAUAAGUCCCUAGGCGGUAGCCCUAUUAAUGGCUCCUCGGUAUACCGGAUUGCUAGCGGCACAAAGAUGUUCACUGCUCUGGGGAUUCUCAAACAAGAAUCUCUCGGGAGAUUAAACCUUGACGAUGAAGUGACAAAGUAUGUCUCUUCGCUGGCGAACGGAUCUAGCGAGAUUUCAUGGAAGGGCAUAACGAUUCGAUCAUUGCUUGCACAUGCCGGUGGAUUGCCAGAUAACUUCGAUGACGAGGAUCUACUUCUCACCCUGGCCGAUCCAUCUGUCAUUGGAUUACCUUCAGUUACUGCGGCCCAGCUCAACAAUUUACCUAAAUGCGGAUUGUAUAGUAAUUGGACCAACCCAUGUACCGCUGCUGAUUUAAAUAACGACCUCCACCAAGUUAAUCUAGUGUUUACACCACAGAAAGAAACUUCAUACAGCAAUGUGGGCUACGAUAUUCUUGGGGAGAUACUGAGCAAUGUCACUGGUGUCAAAUACGAGGACUACAUAAGCACAUCUAUCUUGAAGCCUCUCGGUAUGAAAGAUAGUACAUUCAAGGUUCCCGACGAUUCUGUGGCCGCAAAUGCUGGACCAGGCUCCUACUGGGGCUACUACCUGGCUGUCGGUAUCCCUUCCGGUGGGAUGUAUAGUACCUCCUCUGACAUGAUGAAAUUCCUUCGAUGGACCCUCAAAAACCACGACAAAAUUACGCCUACGAUCAACUGGUUCCAACCCAGUGCCUGGAACUCUGGCUCACACUCACUCCUCGGAUAUCCCUGGGAAAUAUUCCGCAGCACGGAAAUUCUUCCCAAUACCAACCGCCCGGUGACUUUCUACACAAAAGGUGGGGGCUUGGAAGGAUAUUACAGCUAUAGCAUCAUCAUUCCGCAAUAUGACCUGGUCAUUUUCAUGUCCGUUGCCGGUGAGCUCGCUGGGUUGAGCAACCUUUACACAACAGUCCUCAAUCCACUCGUCAUUGCGGCGGAAUCUGAAGCCCAGGGCCAGCUGAACGACAACUAUGGGGGUGUCUACAUUUCAACUGAUAAGAAGUUGAACUCUUCAAUCACCUUCUCUCACAGCGAUGCCAGGGCCCUCCAUAUCACCUCCUGGGUCUCCAACUCGACAGAGGUUCUCGCGGCACUCGGUAGUUUUGUAUCGAAAAAAGCCGGUACCACCGGGGAUCUGUACUUUCAAUUGAUGCCAACCUUUCGCACCAAGCGAUCGUCCGAUGGUCGGAUUGGUGAUAUUUGGCGGUUUAUCAAUGUUAUUGAUGAUUACGAGCAUCCCACCAAUGCUACGACUGUCUGGAAUGAUUACUGCGUUGUCAAUAUUGACCCCCUAUCCUAUGGCAAAAUCCCCGUGAAUGAGCUCGUCUUUUGGAAGGCUACUGAUGACUCUAACUCGGUUGUGGAUGAGGUGACACUUUCCGCUUUCCGCGUAACGUUGCGCCGCAGCUGA